GAACGAAGAACUGCAAGGCACACCGGGUUACAGCUUCAGGAAACCUGAGCUGACUUCGGGAUGUCAUGCUGGCACCUAUCCGUGGGCAACUGGCGGAGGACAGCGGCUGCUUCCCCACACACCGCUGCAGCACUCCGACUGAGAGCAGGCGCACCCCAAGGUCACGCGGGCCUUGGGAAGAUCUGGCACGAAUCUCGGCGCCGAGGACCUCCAGGUGCCAUCCAGGCUGCUUUAGUCCGGAGCUGCAGGACCAGCCUGAUGUGAACUUUCACCGGCUGCCGGCAGCAGCACAGCAGGCAAUGGCCAGCCCCCGGGGUCAUGCAGAGCGUGCCUGGGCCUUGCGGGAGGACCUCGACCCGCUGGACCGUUCUGGGGCUGCCAGCGCACCGCCGAUCCUGGCAGAGGUUGAGGUGCCGCAAAGACCGGACACCCCUGCCUUCGUGCGGUUGCCGCCAGAGCUGAAAGAGGCAUUGAAGGUGCUGGGCAGGCCGCAUGCCCCCUGGCCGGCGGAGUUGUGCAGGGAGGUUCGGCGGAAAGCAGCUGAGCGGCCUGGUGCAGAGGAGGCGUCCCUUCUUCAGAAGCUGCAACAGUGUGUUCUGCAGGCCACAGAGACGACCUUCAAGCGGGGGUGCUACCAGGUGGAAGAUAGCGACAGGCCCGGCUACCGCACCGUCUCAAUGAAAGAUGUCCUUGCUCCGUCUACGCAGGUGCACUGGAGCAAGACCAGGUGCCUGGAAGUUCGCGACGUGGGCAAGGCCGUGGUGCCGCCGCUGCUGAUCGCCGACCUGUCGUGCCUGGACGUCGUGGCGCGCCUAAGGUCGUGGGGCCUUAGCCGCAAGAUCGUGGUGGUGACGGAGCUUCUGGAGUUCGACCAGACAGGCUGCGCGCGUUUUGGUGUCGCCUCCCAGCGACCCCACUGCAUGGCGCUGCGUAGCGACUUCCGACGCUUCCAGCGUCAGGCGGAGCUGCAGCAGAAACGGCAGAAGUCAACGAUGCAAAGGACCCUGUGUGACUGGAAGAUGCCCCAGGUCUUUGUAGCCAAGGACGUUACCUGCAUCCGAGGGCCGCAAGGUGAUGGCUAUCCAUUUCUUCUGAGGCCAUUCCAGUGCGAUGUUCUGGGCAUGGCGCUUUGGACAGAUCGGCCUCGCCUUCGCAACGAGCGAGAUGAGAAGGGCGAGCUUAUUACAGUGUACUCAGAUGCGGAUGAUGCCAAGGCCUACGAGCUCCGGUUGGAGAUGUGCGCCCUUGCCGCGCUGGAGGAAGGGACAGACGUAGAUUCCAGCGAGCAGCCCGUGCUGGUGCUGCCGGUCAUUGGCCUCGGCGGCAACUCCUUCCACCCUCAGGACUCUGUGGUCUUGGCGCUGAAGUCCUUUCGGCGCCGCUUCACGCAGUACUUCCACUCCGUCUAUGUGUGCUGCGGCGAUCGCGGCCCCAACUAUGCUCUCUCAGACUUCAUUGAGUCUGCCGUCAACCGGAGUGUGUACAUGAUGGCUCACAAUGACACACUCGCCGCCAAAGCGCUGCCUUGGCACUGGGACCAGAGGGAGAUCCAGCUGAGCAUCGCGGCGGCACGGCUUGAGAAGAUCGGACACCACAUGAGGCAAGGGCCCACAUAUGUGGUCAGCAUUGAGGAAGAUCGGCGCACAUCUGAAAGGAAGCAGCUCGUGGAGAAGCACCACUCAGCGAACUUCGGCUCCCUGCGUGCCUACUACCAGCGGAAGCAGAUUGAAGCGGCACAAGAGAUUAUCAAGGCACAGCGCCGGCAGGGCGACUGGCCAGCGGAUCUUACCCACGUGAAGCUUGGAGGCCUUCGGGACAACUUGGAGCUCUCCCCGGAGUUCGCGAACAUGGACCUGCGGAAGCGCAGAGCUUCAGAGUUGCUGAACAAGUCCCUCAGCAAGGUUCAGGAUGAGUUGGAUGAUCCCAGGCCCCCUCGGAGUGACUUGAGCACAUUGCAGGACAUGAUGGUGAGCGUGAGGACGUCUGCGAAGACUCGCGGCUUUUGCGGCUGGCUAUCGAAGGCCGACAAUGUGGCGCGGCACAUGGGCUGUGGUCAGUUGCUCCUGGAGGCCAAGAGGAGAAGCAGACAGACUUCCCUCAGCCUGGAGGACGAUGACUGGACUGCAUCUUCUGGAAAUGUUCCAUCGGAUGUCUUCCCUCGUGCAAAUCAGUGCGCAAGUGUUGUUCAGUUGUUCCUUUUGAGAGCCAGUAGGGAGAACCAGUUUGCUUUGAAGACACUUCAUUUUGUUUUGCUGGUGUGGAUCAGGCGGUUGUCGCCAGCAAUGACGUGUUCAUGGCCGACUGAUGCCAAGGGUGCUUGGAAAUUCUAGUAUGCGUCGGGUUUUCUCUUCUCUCUA